CGUUAAUGGGUUUUCUUCAGCAAUGUAAUCAAAACCGGGCGUCUGAGCUUUUGCUACUUCGUUUAGUAGUCAUUAAAAAAAACUGCCAACCACUUCGCCGAGGAACCUCCACUAGUUUAACGCCGCUACGUCGACGGUACCUUACUAUGAACGCCUAGUAGAAUCUUCCUAUGAUCAUCAGAACAGACGGCAGGAUCCUAUUGUCAGCUUUACAGUGGAAUAUUACACCAAUAAUGGCAUCCCUUUCUGGAUACGCUGAACAAGAGCAAAAAAGACCGACUGAUCGAUAUCUCUAUCUACAGGAAAAAGACGCACACAGACAAAUAUAUGAAUUUUACAAGCCACCAUUCAUCACAACAUAAAGCUGCUGUUGUUCGGAGAUCUUCAAACAUAGAGGCGACUGCCUACUAACACUUGUACACCAGGGCCCGGUUGUACGAAGGGUGUAUAGCGCUAUCCGACGGAUAAAUCUUAUCCAGUGGAUAAAUUUAUUGGAUAACAGCAUCGAAUUAUCGGCCACUGUAUAGGACAUAAGUCCCGACAGAGAAGAUAACAGCUAGGUGUAGUCUAUGCUAUUCCGCGUGAUGAAUGCUAUGCCUUCUACGUGGGCGAGACUGGAAGAUCCUUAAGCUCCUGAAAACGUGAACACAACAAUGCAGCCAGAAAAACCUGCGUGGGCUGAGUAUACGCAUGCUGCCAGAACAGCCCAUGGGAUGGAAAUACUCCGGCCAAGAUCACUAGCUGCGAGUGGCUCGUUUUAGCGCGACAUGCCGGACAGAUAAAAGAAGAAUGCCCGAAUUAAUUCCAAGAGCAUAAAAGCUGGUUUAUUCUGCUCUGUUAAUGAGGAAAGCUAAACGGAGCCAUCUAGGAAUACAGGGGUAAACAGCACCAUUAACUACACAAACAAACUGAGGGAAAACAAGACGAAACAGAGCCGGGAUAUCUACGAAUUUUACAGCGGAAAAAAAAUGUUUUACGAAGGAUAUUGGUUUGAAACGACUCUAUCAAGUACUAUCGUCUACUUUUUCAUUUCUUUUGUCACCGUGGCGGGCAACGUMCUUGUUUUCGCUUCAUUUAUAAGAGAUCCUUAUAAACAACUGAGAACUCUACAAAAUUAUUUCAUUGUGAACUUGGCGGUCUCUGAUCUUGCUAUGGGCUGCUUGGCUGAGACUUUGCUUGCAGCUACAUAUUGGGAAAACACGAGCGACGUCUUCUAUGCUCAUUAUUUGUGUGCAAUUGUAUCGGGUGUAUCAUCUCUCCUCAACAUGGCUGCACUCUCUGUUUACCGGUAUUUUGUCAUUCGCAACCCAUUCACGUAUCAUGGUAUUAUCACCAAAAAGCGUAUUAUCAUCACUAUUAUUUGCAUAUGGGUCUAUACUCUGCAUUUCGUUGCCCUUACUCUCGCUGGUUGGAAAAGUCCCUGGUAUCAAAUCUACCUUUAUGGGUUUGGAUGUACACUACCUAGCGUGCUCAUUAUUUUGACCUACUUCGGUGUGUUCCUAGCUAUUAGAGCCCACACGAAGCAACUAAAAACUACUACGGAUUCUAAAAGCAAAGCAUUACAAAAUGCCAUCACAAGAGAAAAAUCCACCACCAAGACAAUGUUGAUUAUUCUGGGUGUAUUCAUAACAUUUUGGGUGCCAUUUUUGAUCAUUGAUGUCAUCAUGGUGCAGUGCUACCCUUGUCGUUCGAUCCACUCCGUACACAUAGCACGAGAUGUUGCUUUAACUUUCACGUACUUCAGCUCGGGUAUAAACCCGUUACUGUACGCCUGGAGAGUCCAACAGUUCCGUAAAGCCUUUAUUCGUGUUCUGGGGCUGUCGAACCUGAGRUGUGUGAAGCGUCAGAAAAAUAGGAUUCAAGUCGCUGAAGCCAAAACGGUGCGACUACAAACUCUUGCUAUUCUACCUGAGAAUUCUGCUUGGAUUCCAACAUGACAUGUUGAAAGUUUAUGACCACRCUGAAUCAUAACUAGUGGAGAAUCAGCCAAAUAAUAAGAUAUUUACACACUAUUUCUGCUCUUAUCCAGGUAUUUAUUAGGAAAAGAAAAGGGGGGCAUCUUGUUAUCAUGUAUACGUGAAUUCAAAAACGACAUUUACUUCGAAGAAUAGCUUUUUUUUUUUAAAAAAAAGGUUGUUUUUGGUUUCGUUGCAUGUUGGGCAUACCAAUUGCAAGCCCGAAAAAAUGUACCAUGUGAAUCCAAUCAGCAAAAUGUCACGAUUGGCAGAACACGAGAAAAAACCUAUUACUCACUUAUUACUUAUAUUUCCCCUGUUUCAUUCAGAUAUGUGCGCGUGCUGUGUGCUCUCAUAUAGCACGCGUUCCCAACCAAUAAGAAAGCGAGAUUUAGAACAGUUAUUUUAUAACAUACAUUUCAAGCUGCAACAAGCAUAACAUGCAACAAUCAACAUGCGAAAGAAACUUCAACCUUUUUGAAAUAGCUGCCGGUGUAUCUAGCAAAAAAGCGUUUUUCCGAUAUAGUAUGGCUCGUAGUAUUUAUACUGUUCUAUUUAAAUAAUCCUAAAAUACGGAUAUAUAUCAUAUAUAUACACCAACUUUUGUUAUACGAAGUCUAAGUGAAGAGAAGAGAAGAGAA